CUGGGGGCUGCCAACGCGGAGGUGACAUCAUGGUGCUGUCUAGUAGCGACAAGAGCAACGUGAAGACCAUCUUCACCAAAAUCGCCGGCCAUGGCGAGGAGUAUGGCGCUGAGACCCUGGAGAGGAUGUUCGGUGCCUACCCCCAGACCAAGACCUACUUCCCCCACUUUGACCUGAGCCACGGCUCUGCUCAGAUCAAGGGGCAUGGCAAGAAGGUGGUGGCUGCGCUGGUCGAGGCUGCCAACCACAUCGAUGACAUCGCAGGUGCUCUCUCCAAGCUCAGUGACCUCCAUGCCCACAAGCUCCGCGUGGACCCUGUCAACUUCAAACUGCUGGGCCAGUGCUUCCUGGUGGUGGUGGCCAUCCACCACCCCUCUGCCCUGACCCCAGAAAUCCACGCUUCCCUGGACAAGUUCCUGUGUGCCGUGGGCAACGUGCUGACUGCCAAGUACCGUUAAGACGGCACCGUGGCUAGAGCUGGACCCAACCUGCUGCCAGCCAAAGCAUAUGAAAUAAAAUCUGUUGCAUUUGAUCUCCA